ACAUUCGCUCUGCAAGCUUCGCCAUUGUUAAUUAAUGAAUUAUAUUGGUUUGGAAAUGUAGGCCUAAAAUACAUAACAACAUAACUUUAUUAAAUGAACUAAAAUUUUAUAUGAUUUUUAAAUUUAUUAGGUUUAUGAUAAUGACGUUUUACUUCUCACAUUUUGGAAUUUAAGGUAAAAAUGUGCAUGUUUGGUGCUGGAAAUUGUCUUCAAGUGUGCUAAAGCUUGGAGUAUCAUUUUCUCUCUCUCUGCAUCAGUUAUGCCUAUUCCGGAAAGAUUGUCUAGUACAGGGUGGUUUCUUAGGAAAGUGCCUGUGGGCCAUAGAGGAUGAGGUCUGCAAAUGAAAAAUCAGAACACUUGUUGAAAAAGAUGUGGACAGAUAGACAAAGCUGCAGUAAUUGCAGUAGUAGUAGUCAAGAAUCUGAUGAAAGCAGUUGUUCAAGUUGGUGUUCAAGCAUUUCAGAAGAAAGGGAAUUUUCUAUUGUGAAAGAAAGCAAUUAUGAUAAUGGUCAGUUGAAGUUAAAGAUUGCAGCAAAACGUGUUCCAAAGAGUCAAGGAACAUUAGAUAAUAGUGUGCCAGUAGAGACUGUAGGAAGUGGAAGUUCUGAACAUCCAGCAGUAAAACUCACUGUUAGAACUCCAAACCAAAGUGGCACUGAUAGCAGCUUUCGAGAGAAUGAACAACAAAGACAUUGUCUGUCUUCUUGUCCAAAGUACUUCACUGAUAUUACACCAAAGCGAUACACAUCUUCUAGAAGGAGAUCUUCAAAUUGCUGUUCAUUCAAAAAAUUUCAUUCUUGUGAAUAUAGUCAAAGAAGUAGUAGUCGAAGUUCAACCCAUAGUGGUAGCAGUAGUGGAAGCAGUGGCAGUACUAGUUUUGGCAGCAGUAGCUGUGAGAGUGGCAGCAGUAGCAGCAGUAGUAGUUCAGAUAGUGAAUGUUCCUCUUACUCCUCAGAUACAGAGUGUCCAGCUUAUUACAAUAAAGGACAUUAUCACUCUAGUAAAGAAGAAGAAAGGGUAAGAAAAGAAAGAGGAUUGCCAGUAGUUUCAAAAGAAAGAUCAGGAAAUCAAGUUUCUUGUAACAUAAAAACUGUAAAUACUGAUGAGUACAAUAAAGGUAUGGCUCACAAAAACUUUUCAUACACAAAAGAAUAUAUACCUAUAAAUGACAAUGUACUUAAUAGAGAGUGGACUGUUCAUGAACAUUCUCGUAACUACAGUAAUAUCAACAGUGACAGAAAAGAUAACACAGAAGUGUCACAGCUUAUAUCUCCUGUUGCAGGUAAAAUUUGUGAGAAUAGUCCUUCCACUAGUUUAUCAAACAUUUCACUGUCAGAAAACAGAGAGAAGUCAUAUGUGACUUGCAAAAGCUUAAGUUGUGUGUCCCAGAAAUGUAAUUUUACUUUGUCAGUUGAUCAGUCAGAAUCAGAAGUGUGCGAUGAACACCUAAAGUUAAGUUAUCUCCGAAAUUCAUUUAAGUCUAUGAAGCAUGAAAAAAAUAAAUUAAGUUCAACAAAAGUAUCCUUGUCUAAAGAAACUACUCAUAUGACUAUUUCUAAACCAUCCAUAUUGUCUAAAGAAAAUUUGGAGAGGCCAAAGGGAGAAAGAAAAGAAAAUGUUACAUUGUCUUCUUCAAAUGUUGAGAAUGCUCCUGCAUCAUCGACAGCAUCUGAUGCAAAGUCUGGUGUGUCUCCUGAUAGUGGUAUCCAGUCUUGUGAAGAAUCUCCAAUGAGACAGCUUUGUGAUAAUGAAAACCAUCCUCAGCCUUCUCAGUUGGUUUGUAAUGAACAUUUAACAGAUAAUAUUGAGAAUUACAUACAUUUUGAUAAAAAUGCAAUUAGGGAUGAAAAUAAUUUUGUUUCUCCUAUACCUUCCCAUGCUAGUUCUCAGUGUCUUAGUGAAAUAAAGAAAACAAGGGAAAAAAAUGAAUCACUAGCACCCCAAACUUACCAUCACGGUCAUGAUGGAACACAAAAUACAGAAAGAAUGAUUGAACUCUUUACGUGUACAUCACCUGCUUACCAAGAAACUUGUGGUGAAAUAAAGACAAGAGGUAAAGCAGAUUCCUCUAAAUGUACAUCUCUUCCGUAUCCACAAAAUGUUGAUGAAGUGCAUAAACAAGGGGGCAGAGUUGAACCUUCAAAAAACCAGUUUUCCUGUAAAACAUUAAUACCUAUUGAAAAACUGGAAAAUCAUAAAACUGUAAAAUUUUCUGAAAAGAAUUUGGAGGCAAGACAAAAUUCUAUAGAUAGUGCCAUAUCUGAAAGUGUUUCUAAAAGUACUGAACAAAAAAGUGUGUCAGAAAAUACAGACAAAAUAUAUUCAUUGUCUAAACAAAUUAGACAACCAACAGAGAACAAUAUUAAUAAGAAAGUAGUAGCACGAUCAAACAUAAGGAAAAACAGAAUAAAGAAGAAUAGUGAUAAAAGUGCCACUCAAGUUGUCAGUGAUACUGAAGUAUUUAAAAUGACCAGAAAUUCAUAUGCAAAAGCAUUAGCUGCAUCAGCUAGGUCUGAAAAUUGCAAAGGUGACAGUGAGCUAGAAAUGUUGGUUCAGAGUGUUCAAGAGAAUAUAUGUAACCAGUUUCAAAAUGUUGAAUCAGAUAGUCUGAGUGACUUUGAAGUUGCUAGUUGUUUGUCUGCAGAAAAAGAAAAACAUGUGGGAAAAUAUCCAGUAGGCUGUGUAAAGAAAGGACCACCAAAAAACUUUAAUAAAUCACAAGAAAAACCGGAAUUGGUGGAACUAGAAAAUGUGCAAUUUGAGGCCAGACCUAAGGAUCCUGAUGUCCAAAAGCAGCAAGUAUCAAAUGAAAAUGCAGAAAAUAAUUCAACACAGGCUUUAUCCAGCAAUCCAAGAAACUCUGAAAAAAGUGAACUUGAAAACAAUAAGACAGAGAAUGAAACAUUUGUGUCCAGUCAGGCUGCAGAUGCAACAAGUCAAGAAAACCAGUUACAAACUGAAUAUUCAGAAUUCUCCUCAAAUAGUAAAACACAAUUUAAUAGUAGUGAAAAUAGAAGACUAGUAAAUUUAGUAAAUAAAGAAUCCACAGCAAAAGAAUGUACAGAAAACAACAUUUUGCCAGGAGAUGUUGAACCUCACCAACAGAAACAGCACAGAACAAAAGCUGCAAGAAAAAGCUAUGCAAACUUAGAUAAUCUUAUCAGUAAGAAUCCCAAAAUUUUAGACAAAGAUGUUGGAAGAAGUAUAAGAAAACAAACACACUUGUCAUCAGUUUCAAGUUUGACAACUUGUCAAAAAGGAAAAUCUGUUGCUGAUAAGCAUAAGCUAUCUAUUAGAAAAAACUCUAGAACAAAAGGAAAACAUCGAAAUGGAGCAAAUGUUGAAAACCAAAAACCAAAGUCAUCAAAAUCUAGAAAAUUGCCUGGUACUGAAGAGUUAAUGCAGAAUGAAUCAAAAGAAAGCACCGGCAUACCACUAACACCAAAGAACUUGGCUACUAAAAAAUCCACUUGUUUAAGUGAGAAAAAGUCUGAAGAAAGCAACAAUAAAAGUGGCACUUCAUUAUAUGAGCAAGUAAAAGAUAUAGUAGCUAUUAGUGCAACAAAAAAUGAACUUAAAACUGGAUACCUAGUUAAAGAAAAAUCUGUUAGAAAAAAAAAGAAAAUAAAGCAAGGGAAAGGUAAAGGAAUUUUUUUUGAUAAUGCUGACCUAGAAGCUUUAAUUACUAUUUUUAAAGUUUUUAGUAUUUCAGGAAAUCACCAAAAAAUAACUGAAAAAACUGUGCCUUCCAUGUUCCGAAUUAAAAAAUAUCUGAAAGUUAAGAAAUCCGAUAAACUACAAAAAUCUGACAUAGAAACUCAAGGACUUAAACGUUGUUUUCAUAAAGGUAAAUCAGCUGUUACUCAAUUAUUAAAAGAAACAAAUGCAAAGAAAUUUAGAAAAAGAAAUGUGCUUACCCAGAAAGAAUUAGGAUCUCGCUCUAUUCGAGGUAAAUCAACAACUCUAGAACAACAUUUACCUUUAAAGAAAAGAUAUUUUCGAUUAGGUGCUACACGGCAGAGUACUUCUGAGAAGUCUGCAAUCAGUCAGAUUUUGGAUGUCUGUACAGAAUUUUCUAGUAAAUCUCAAAGAGUUGAUACUUUACAAGGUGCUGGAAAUACUAUUGAUGAAGCUAUAGAAGCCUGUAUAAUAAGGUAUACAACAGAAGAAACAAGUGAUCAGAACAAUAAGAGUCAGGAAACUUCUGUUGUGGAACAUAAUCUUUCCCGGUGUCAUUCACAGACAAAAUUAAACAAUAAACAAUUUCUUGUUAGAAAAAAUCUGCCAAAGAAGAAGUUCACCAUGAAUACGAGGGGCCAUAGACUUUUGAAAACCAGAACAAAAAACCUAAAGAGAAGAAAAGCAACUCUACGUUCAAUUGAGGAGGCCAUUGAAAGAUGUGUACAAAAAUAUUCAAGUGAUUUGUCAUCUCUUCCUUUUGUAGGAGAUGCGGGUAUAUCCUUUAAAGUUACUGAAGAGGCUAAAAAAUUACACGUAGGAGAAGAAAGUAGUUCUGAAGAUUUACCAUUAGCAGAGCUUGUACGUGGGGAAGGUCAAGUUGAGAAAACUAAAACAGAGUUAUCUUCAUUAGGUUCCACUUCUGUGAAUUCAAGUUCAGUGCAAGCUAAAAAGAGAUCACAGCAUGCAUCUGCAACUUCAAGAUUACAAAAUCGAUGCCUUCUAAAUAGAAGAUUACCAACUUUUAGUAGGAAAAGAAGAAUAAUUAACAGGACUGGGUUUGUUAAGAAGAAAAAGAAAAGGCCAAAUCCUAAUUUUAUUGCUAAAAACCGUCCUAUUACAAGGCAACAGACUUACAAUUGGCGCAUUAGAGCAGCAGCUAGACUUUCGUCUGCUUAUAAACCUACUGCUGAGAAAGAUUCAAUUACAGAAGCUAUUGAUUCUGUAGUUAAAGGAUUGAAAACCAUUGGUUCAGUGCCAGAAACUAAACGGAAACCUAAAGAACCUGAGGUUCCAAUAGCUAAGAGACUGAGGAAAGAAAGUGGGCCUGAUAGUGAGAAAGUACCACAGUAUCAGGCAAGCUCAUUUCCUGUCAUAAUGGUGACUGAACCAUCAUCAGGCUGUCGGGGUAUGCAGUAUGAAGUCAAGAAACCCAGGAAGAAGGAACCACGUUUACCAAAGAAAACAUAUUUAAAAGCUGGACUAUAUUCGAACUAUUUUAAACAAGACAUACCUGCAAAUGGUGAACCUGGAGAAUCCAGUGAUUCUACUUUACCUGAGCCUUCAAAUGGAGAAGCUGAAACAGUCCAUAUUACUUCAGUAAAGAAAAAUACCAGAACCAGAAAUGCAAAAGAGAAAUUGGUUUAUAAUCCUUCUGAACAUGAGCAUGGACUUCUUCCACCACCAAUUCACGUGGGGCGAUUCUUGCGACAUCGGCUUAGUGAGUUUCUUUUGCCAUAUGACAUGUGGUGGCUAUACAAACAUAACAAACUCCUUUACCAGAAUGAUCUUUCUAACAACUUCAAGAAAAUUAAAACAAAUGUAUGUGUUGAUGUGAAGCCUGUGUCUAGGUAUGAAGCUACCAGCUGUAAUUGUAUAAGACCCAAAGAUUUUAUUGAAAAAGGAUGUGGUACUGAUUGUUUGAAUAGGAUGAUGUACGUUGAGUGUACCUCUCAACUUUGUCCAUGCAAGGAACAGUGUUCUAAUCAAAAAAUCCAAAAACAUGAGUGGAGUCCAGGAUUAGAAAGGUUUAUGACUCCUGACAGGGGUUGGGGAAUACGUACCACUGAACCUAUCAAAGCAGGUAGUUUUAUACUGGAAUAUGUUGGUGAAGUGGUGAGUGACAAGGAAUUUCGCCACCGAAUGGCAGAACGCUAUUGUAAUGAUCAACAUCAUUACUGCCUCAACUUGGACAGUGGGAUGGUCAUUGAUGGCUAUCGAAUGGGAGGAGAAGGAAGAUUUGUCAACCAUUCUUGUGAACCCAACUGUGAGAUGCAAAAAUGGUCUGUUAAUGGAGUGUAUAGGAUAGGACUGUUUUCACUAAAAGACAUUACGAGCAACACAGAGAUCUGCUAUGAUUAUAACUUCCACAACUUUAAUCUUGAAACACAGCAAAUAUGUAAGUGUGGGAGUUUGAGAUGCAGAGGCUUCAUAGGUGGAAGAUCUCAACGUUUGAAUCAGACUCAAGCAAAAGAGGAAAAAGAAAAAAAUAAAGUUAACAGCACUUCACGUGAAAAAAGGAAGAGAAAAGAAAAGCAAAAAAUUAAAGCCAAAAAAGAAACCACUAGAGAAGGAUUACCACAGAGUAAACAAAGCCAGCUGCUACCAGUGAAACCUAUUUCUCAUCAACAGAGAUGUUUUGUUCAAAAGCAUCGCUGUUUCCUCUUGAGAAACUAUGACAAGGUUAAAAGAAUGAGGGACAGGACAAGACAAGACUUUGACAAGCAGGAUUUUGACUGUAUUAGAGAUAUUUUCUUCAGUAAGCAAGAUGAUUUUUUGACACAAUUUACUGCACUAAAAACUUCAAGAUCAGUUAAAACAAGGAGGUUGGCGAAAGCAGAAGGAAACACUGAACUUACUAAAACUGCCAAAUUAGCCCAAAUUUUUAAAGAAAUAUUCACUGCUGUAGUGUCUUGUCGAAAUGAUGAUGGAAAGCUGCUCUCAAAUCCUUUUCGUUCAGUUCCUCCUAAAAGACGAAAGAUUGAUUAUUAUGACAAAAUAUUGGAUCCCAUCGACUUAAACACAAUUGAGAAAAAGAUUACAACUGGUCAGUACAAAACUGUGGAGGAUUUCGAAAUUGAUUUCAAACAGUUAUUUUGUAAUGGAGAGGUUUAUUAUGGGAAGACCUCCGAGAUGGGCCAAAUUGUAAUAAAACUUCAGAAAGCUUAUGAAUGUGCCAAAGCUAAUGCCAUUACUUCCAUAGAAGAUAUCUUGGGUGAAACCCUUCCUUCCUCAUUUUUGAAGACUCCUACAGAAGCAGAUAAAGCUGGAGAAGAAGAGGAAGUUAUCCGGUGUGUCUGUAAUAUUUACAGAGAUGAAGGUGUAAUGAUUCAGUGUGAAAAGUGUUUUGUUUGGCAGCAUUGUGACUGUGUAGGAGCUGAUGAUAGUGUGGAGAACUACCUUUGUGAAAUGUGUGAUCCUAGAGAGCUUUCGAAGGAAAUCUGCAUGACUCCACAACCCAGAGAUGCAAAACCUGGCUGCACAUAUUACUUAACACUUCUGAAGGAUGAUAUUCAGGUUAAGCAAGCUGACUGUGUAUACCUUCAGUCUGAUAAUACAGAAGAAGAUAAUUUCAUGGUGAAAGGUUUACAAAAGGAUAAAGGGGCAAAUAAACACGCUGAAAUCGAAGUUUUGUCCCAACGUCAAGUCUUGCGGCAAUAUGGCAAAGAAAGGUUUGAUAGUGGAAGCUGGCACAAUAAUGGUUCAGGGAUCCUGACUAGAGCAUAUGCAGAAAAAUAUGACAUUUUCAGAAUUGAGCGGCUUUGGAAAGAUGAGAAGGGGCAGAAGUUUGCAUUUGGCCACCACUACCUCCAUCCACAUGAAACUUACCAUGAGCCAUCUCGAAAAUUUUACCCUAAUGAGGUCCUGCGAGUGCCAUUAUAUGAGAUAAUUCCUCUAGAUUCAAUUCGAGGAUUGUGUUGUGUUUUAGACCUAAACACAUACUCUAAAGGUAGACCCAAGGGCUUCCAGUUGGAGGAUGUUUAUAUCUGUGAAUAUCGAGUAGAUAAGAGUGCACACUUCUUCUACAAGAUUUCAAAGUCCAACUACCCAGUCAACACUAAAAAUUAUGCUUUCAAGACAUAUAGGCAGAGGCUUAAUCCUAAGAAGACAUAUUCGCCUCAUACUGUUCCAACCUCUUACAAGAAACGAAUGAAUAGUGCUAGUAGUGUUAAAAGUGAUGGAAGCAAACCUAGUGUGGAUGAAUCAGACAAAGGCCUUUCCUGUUCUGUGAAUGAGUGUAUUAGUAGUGAAAACAUCAUCUCUACUCCUACACUGACGCGACAAGAAAGAAAGGAGAGAUUGAACAACAUUCUUCUUAAGUUGCUGGCCCAACUUCCAGGAAAACAAGUGAUUGACAUUAGUUAUCUAUUACAUACAAAUAGAGGAGGAAAUACUAGAAGGCCUCGUAAGAAGCCAGUAGCAGAAGAAACUGUCACGUGAAUUUUUCUAUUAAACUCUAUGUUAAUGCUUCUGUUUUAAGGUCAUGAGAAUAUGUUGCUGUGGCAACAUAACUACUGUUAUUAGUGCAGCUUUGCACUGCCAUAUAUUUAGCAGAGUUAUGUGAUUUUUUGUUGUUUUUUGUUCUGUCUUUAUUUUUAAAAUGAUCAUUCAAAAUUGUAUGUAUAUAUAUACAUAUAAUCAUUGUUAGAGUCUCAUAAAAAAAGACCUUUGCACACUUGCUGAUAAGCUUGCUAUUUGAGCAGAAUUAAUCACAUCAUGCUAAUGAGCACAUUGUACAGUAGUAGAUUAAUAACAUUUUGACCUUGAUUUUAAUUAAAAAAUGAAUUGGUUUUACUGUUUGGGCAUAUGGUAAUUUUCUAGGGCAUAUGUGGAACUUAAUGCAUGAAUUUUAUUUAUUUUAUAUUCUUUUUUUUUUGUUCUGUGAGUACAUGAAUUGUACCCAAUUGUUUUCUCAAAUUUUACAUAUUUUUAAUCAUGACUUACAAAAAAUCUAGACUUGGAAAUGUGUCUUGCAAAGUUUAUUAACUUAUUCUUGCAUUUUAGUUUUUGCUAAAAGUAGUAAUACCUUUCAUUUAGGUAUCAUGAACCAUAUAAAAGAAUCAUUCAGAACAGAAACGUGUUAACUUAUCAUUCGUCAAAGGUCAGUUCCCAGUGAAGUCCUUGUAAACAUUGCAACUUCAUUGGUUGUUAUGACCUUUAAAGCACUGUACAUAAGAAUGGUGGGAAGUGUUUUUAACAGCAAGGACCAAUAAGAUAUUAAAAUAAUCUGUUUUCACUUCAGUUAGCAGCAAACUGAAUGAGUAUUUUGACAUUAAUCUAUUUUUGUUUUAGAUAUCGAAGGAUAAUUUUUUGUCUGUUGGGAUAGUAACAUUAUACUACAUUUAUUGUCAUCAACAUCAAGCAUUAUGGUUUAUGUAGUGUGUUCUGUGUGAGAGUGGAAUACUCAAUUGUUGGCCGUAACCCGUUGUUCUGUACUUUGUAUAUACGUUGUAAACAUUUUUGUCGCUUUGAAUAAAUGUUUAAUACUAUA